GGUACCCCAGGAUCCAGGCGAUGCUCCGGCUGCCGCGGCGGGACUCUUGGAGGAGGAGGAAGAGGAGGACGCGGAGCUUUUACUGAUGACCAGCUCGGUCAUGAUCCCUCCGACUUCCGCACAAGUCACCACGGAGCAGAACGUGCUGCAGACUUUCUUCUCCCACCUCGGCAACUUCUCAUAUGACAAAGCCAAGGACCAUGUGGAGAAGGAGAAGGAAGGCAACAAGAGCGCCGGCGCCUCCUGGUCUUUAAUGUUGGCCGCCCUGGCUCAUUUGGCAGCUGCACAGAAAGCCUAUCAUAGCAUGAGCUUCCUGGGCCAGAAACAGGGUGGCCAAUUAUUUUUCAGCAGAAAGGAUUCCAUCAGAACUAACUAUACCUCACUGUACAAUGAACUGAAGAAGGUUGUGACCACGGGCAGGAACGCAGUUGGUGGUACUGCCCCUCAUUUAGAAGAACUACUCUCACAUCUUUCAGAACAGCUCUGCUACUUUGUUCAGGCUCACAUGGAAAUUGCAGACUUUUAUGAGAAAAUGUACACUUUAAGCAGUCAAAAGUUUAUUAACGCAGAAGAGCUGGUCAAAAUAUUGGAAGCCAUAUUAAAGAAGUAUAGCUCAAGGUUUCACCACCCUACAUUGUCUCCAUUAGAAAGUGGAUUUCAGCUUGAAGUGGAUGUUCUUGCUCAUCUUUUGAAAGCGCAGUUUUUAAUUUACGAGUGGAAAUUCCUUCCUGCCUUGGUAAACUUGCACAAUGCCCACACCAAACUACAGACGUGGGGUCAAAUAUUUGAGAAGCAAAAGGAAACUAAGAAGCAUCUAUUUGGAGGGCAGUCUCAAAAGGUUGCACAACCCCCACAUCUUUUUCUUUGGCUCAUGAAAUUUAAGAACUUACUCCUGGCAAAAUUCAGCUUUUACUUCCAUGAAGCUCUUAGCCGCCAGACGUCGGAGAUGAAGACUCUCACAGCUAAAACAAAUCCAGACUACUUUGGGAAAAUAUCCAGUUUCAUUAGAAAAUAUGAUGCAGUCAAUGUGUCUUUAAUCUAUGACACAAGGGGUUCUGAGAAUUUUCAGGGCCAUGGUUACCACCAUCCUGAUUCAUAUCGGGAAGCACCCAAAGGUAUGGACCAGUAUCCAGCAGUGGUGUCUCUGCCCAAUGAUCGACCUAUAAUGCACUGGCCCAAUGUUAUUAUGAUUAUGACUGACAAGAGUGCAGACCUUAACACUUUGGAAAAGGUUGUCCAUUUCUAUGAUGACAAAGUUCAAAGCACGUAUUUCUUAACUCGCCCUGAGCCCAAUUUUACCAUAGUGGUUAUUUUCGAAUCCAAGAAAUCAGAGAGAGACUCUCAUUUCACCUCGUUUCUCAAUGAGCUCUCGCAGUCCCUUAAAGGUUCCAGAGCAUUUGCAAGCUUGAAGCCAGGCUCUAAAGUGUAAAAAGCUUACUGUAAUACAAUCACAAAAAUAUAAUACCACCACCAGCAAAAGGGCUAUCUCUCUAGCAAGUCAUACAUUUAGCUGAAAGCAUACUAUUCCUAUACACAGUAUUGCAUCAUAAGAAAACUGUAGCAAUCCAGCUAUGCGUUUUCCCCUCAUUUAUAGUUUUUCAUUUAAUUUGACUUAUGCUGCCAUGGAUCUGCAACAGUUUUACUUUUUUAAUAUAUUGCGUUAUUUGUAUCUUGCUUACAACUUAUAUAAUCAGGCCAUAUAUGCACUGGUAUUUUUACUAAGCAUUGAUUUGAGUAGUAGGAGUGAAGGUGAGUUACAUCAUCAGAUGAUGGUUUAUAAACUGCAAGAAAGUCUAGGUAAUCUCUUAACUUUGGUGCAAUCCACAGUGUCUGAUAGAACAUCAUCCUUAUAUGUGUUCUCAAACUCAAGCUUUCUUCUUCUAAGCAGAUCACAUUCACAUUUGUAUGUGCAGGGUGUUAUUUGGCAAACAUCUGAGUAUUAAAUAUAUCAGAGCUGCUUUUCAGGGAAGAGUGGUCCUUUUAUUUUCACUAGUAUAUUCAUGUACAAUAGAACACAUGCCGUUGGCCAGAUACAAAUGUCCGCUUGGAAAAACUGGCAAGUUUUCCUUCUUGGUAAUAGUCACAUGCUGGCUGAAAAUUUUAAAUGCAAAGACUGAUUCACUUACUGCUAUUGGCUUUAAUGGAAUGAAUAUGUUUAUGCCACAGUCUAGUUCUCCCGUUAUAGUAAUAGCAUAAUAUCUUUACUUGGAACAUUUGUAUCUCCUCAUUUCCCUGUUCUGGUGGGACUGUAAUUGACUAAGUGAAAACAAUUUAGCUAAACAAUUUAGGUAGGCUGGGAAUUGCAGUGCAACGACAGCUGAAGGGCCACAGGUUGGAUGUCCCCUCUUUGUUUAUUUCACUUUCUUCCAUUUUUGAAACACUAGUAGCAUUUCUAUCCCCAUUCUUCAGAGCAGGCUUGUGUGUAUCAUAGGCCUUGCUGGUGAUAACAAAUGAAUGAUAGCCGUGACUGAUUUGUGUUACUUUCUUAUUUCUGUUGUUUAUUGGUUUCAUUAUUAGAUGUUACUUAAAGGGGCUGAGUCAAUACAUUACUUACAUUACACACACACACUACUGACCUUCCUGCAGUUUCAGUCUGACCCAGCUGGACCAAACUCUCAUCUGAGUAACUGAUCAGGAUUCUGCCCAUGAAUGUCCAGCAAGCCUCAGACAUGGAUCAGAAUAAACAGAGAGUCAUACCCUGUGCUUAAUUUAUUAUGUCUCCCCACCCCCAACCCUAUUCUUGAAACUCUCAAAGCAGUUCAUUUUAAUACUAAUGGGAAUUUUCAGAAGACCCUUACAAGUAUAUUUUUACAUGCUGGCCUUUCUAAUCAUUUUUUAAAAUAUAAUUCAGUAUUGUGUGUACUUUUAAACUGCAUUCAGCUUUUUCUUUUUAAUGUUCUGUGCUGUGUCUUAUGUCGAAAAUAAUAUUUGCAAUAUGUUUAAACUUAUUUUGGUAUAACGGGUAUAAAUUAUGUCUGCACUAAUGGAUGGGUGUUUAUUACAUGCUGCUGCAAUAAAGACGAUAAUACUGCAAUU